AUGGAGACUGAACAACAGGAAGAGACCUUUACCAACACAGAGACAAAUGGCAAACGUCCUGCAGAAGAUAUGGAAGAAGAACAGGCCUUCAAAAGAUCUCGGAAUACAGAUGAGAUGGUUGAAUUGCGCAUCUUGCUUCAAAGCAAAAAUGCUGGAGCAGUGAUUGGAAAAGGUGGCAAAAAUAUUAAGGCACUUCGUACAGAUUACAAUGCAAGUGUUUCAGUCCCAGACAGCAGUGGCCCCGAGCGUAUCUUGAGUAUAAGUGCAGAUACAGAGACAAUUGGAGAAAUCUUGAAGAAGAUUAUCCCUACUUUAGAAGAGUAUCAGCACUACAAAGGUAACGACUUUGACUGUGAAUUAAGACUUCUAAUUCACCAAAGUCUAGCAGGAGGAAUUAUUGGUGUUAAGGGUGCUAAAAUCAAAGAACUCAGAGAGAACACUCAAACCACCAUUAAGCUCUUUCAAGAAUGUUGUCCUCAUUCCACUGAUAGAGUGGUGCUUAUUGGUGGAAAACCUGAUAGAGUUGUGGAGUGUAUCAAGAUUAUCUUGGAUCUUAUCUCUGAGUCUCCAAUUAAAGGACGGGCCCAGCCUUACGAUCCCAAUUUCUAUGAUGAAACGUAUGACUAUGGUGGCUUUACAAUGAUGUUUGAUGAUAGAAGGGGACGUCCAGUAGGCUUUCCAAUGCGUGGAAGAGGAGGCUUUGAUCGAAUGCCUCCUGGUCGUGGCGGACGACCUAUGCCUCCAUCAAGAAGAGAUUAUGAUGAUAUGAGCCCUCGCAGAGGACCUCCACCACCUCCGCCAGGUCGUGGUGGCAGAGGUGGCAGCAGAGCUCGUAAUCUUCCUCUUCCUCCUCCACCACCUCCUCGUGGCGGGGAUCUUAUGUCUUAUGAUCGAAGAGGUAGACCUGGAGACCGUUAUGAUGGAAUGGGUGGCUCUGGAUAUGGGGGCCGUGGUUCAUAUGGAGAUCUUGGUGGACCCAUCAUCACAACACAAGUAACGAUUCCCAAAGAUUUGGCAGGUUCUAUUAUUGGAAAGGGAGGCCAGAGAAUCAAACAAAUACGUCAUGAGUCAGGAGCUUCAAUCAAAAUUGAUGAACCGCUAGAAGGCUCAGAAGAUCGAAUAAUAACUAUUACAGGAACACAGGACCAGAUACAAAAUGCUCAGUAUUUACUGCAGAACAGUGUGAAGCAGUAUGCAGAUGUUGAAGGAUUCUAA